AUUUGGCCGAAGGCUUAAGACCGAUCUCCAUCAUGGCCACUUGGCAUCCGUUGGUCCAUGUGCGUCUCACAAUCUACGGAACCCUGACGCCAGGAAGGAGUUCGUUUUUUGUAACAUAGAUUCGAUGUGUUGGAAUAUGGACCUGUCGCGUGUGCUAAUGCUGGCUUAUGAUCUUAGUCACGUGGAAUCAUUGGGUCAUUGCGCAGAGGAUCGGCAUCAAUGGGCAUAGAUGUGUGUGUGUGUGCUUAAUAUCCUUCAUAUCCCGGAAGCCAUUUACAGCUUCAGAUUCAGGGGAUCAAAGUCAUCUCCAUGCACUAGUCAUCUCCGUCAAUGUCUCUUGCAGUCCAUGCCACGUGAGUUGCGUGUGGACUAUGCUGGGAACUCCUUCCGAUGGUUCGACACGGACGAGAUGCUUCGGGUGCACGGGGCAGACUUGUCCAAUUUCUUGGCCAAAAGCAUCGAGGAGCACUUCAAGGUGCCUUUGCACUUUCAAGUGCUUUGCGACAUUGAAGGCCCCUUGACCUCCGGCGAUUUCCAGCGACUGCUGCAGAACGAGGCCCCAAAGCUGUGGCUCUUCGACGCACGUUACAUGCCAGAGGACCUGCGGAAGCAAUGCGAAGAACGCACAAGGCUUGCAAGGCCCAGCGGCUGUUUGCCGAACGGAGCCAAGCUGGAGACUCUGGUGGAAGAGAAGAGUGAUACACAAGCGGAGCUGAGCAGUUUGUCUGAACGGGAGAAGCAGGUGGCCCAGUUGUUGUCGGAGCGCGAAGCGGAGAUUCAGCAGCUGCAGAGAGAGCUGAACUCCUGGCCAUUGACUCCGGUGGAUGAGGACGAAACCUCCCUACAGAUGUUGGAGGCGGAGGAAGCGAUGCUCGUCCAGUCGGUGCAGGAGGCGCUGGCGCGGAUUUCAGCUCAUCGAACGCCCACUCUGCGAAGCAGCACGGGUGUCAGUGUACAAAGGACAUUCUGCAGUGAGACGGAGCUGACCACUGCCUCGCCCUUCAGCCUCCGUGAGAAGCCGCGCUCCUCGGGGCCGUUGCCACCGCUGGAGAGUGAUGGCUGCCGAGUGUGUGGAUCCGAUGACAAGGAGCGCUCUGCGCGUCACACGCUCCGGCAGCAGCUCGCCGCCGCAGAGGAAGCCCACACGACGCAGGAGCUCCGUGUGACGGAGUGGCAGACUCGGGCGAAGUCGGCAGACGCCGCCUUGCUGGAGGAGCAGACGGAGUUCGCCCAUGCUCAGCUCCAGUGGAAGCUGGAGAUGGAUCUGGCCAUGCGCGACAAAGACCUCGCACAUGUCCAGGAGCUCCGUGAGAUCCAGAGUCGGAUCCACCAGUCCGAGUUGCGACACCAGGCGGAGGUGUUGACCUUGCGGCAUCGGGUCGCCAACUGCGCCGAGCAGGAGGAAUGGCAACAGAUGGAGCUCUUGCUGCUCAAGACCCAGCAGAAGCGCUCAGAACGAGCUCAAGAGCAAGAGCUUCAGGAGUUGUUGUCCUCCGUGGAGCUGGAGCGGCUCACGGGUGAACAGCGUGCCAGUGAGCUGAGCUCCAAAACCCGCCAGGAGAAAGACCUGGCUGCACGCUUGGCGGGAUGUGGUCUUGAGAUUUUAGCCUUGGAGAAUGCCAUCGAGGCAUUGCCUGUUCGGUUGGAUGGAGGGGUGGAUGAGUGCCUGAGGAAGGCAGAAGAGGAGUCUUCGCGACUGGCCUCGGAGCUUCAGCAAGAGGCAGAAAUGCUCCGGCGGGAAGAGUUGGCGCAACAGGUGCAGUUGGCGGAAAUGACACGGCUGCAUCAAAGAGAAGAGGAGCAAAGCCGCGCAGCGGCCGAGGCCAGAGCUCGAGAGGAAACCCUCGAGCUACAGCUACAGCAGCUGGAAAGCCAACUGGAGGCAGCGUUGAAGGCGCCCGCGCCAGAGCUGCCAAAGGUGGAAGAAAGGAAAUCCGAUUACAUCUCAACAGCAGAUGAUGAGCUUGACAAGGCCUUGGAGAAAGAGAUCUUUGAGUUGGGUCCGGGUGUGCUUAAGGGGCUUUCUUUAGAGAGGACUGGCCCCAAGAGAUACAAGUUCAGGGAACAGAAAGUCUAUAUGCAGCUCACGGACUCCAAGGUCACCGUGCGCGUGGGGGUGAAUUACAUCCCACUGGCCCAGUGGACGAAGGAGCUUUUCACCAACGCGGAGGAUCCCUUCAGUACCUUAGACGCCCAGUCGCCUUUUGCCAACGUGCGCUGAGACCAUGCGCGAGUGGAAAAGGGCC